CUGCUUCUCACUUCUGGGGAAAUGGACAUCACUAUGGAUUUCCGAAGACAAAUGGGUCCUCCUAGUAGAGACCCAUUGAAUGCCUACGCAGAUUGAGGUCAGACUCCAUUAAAGGCAGCCUUUAUUUUGCAGCAUGAGGUGCCCUCGUGCAUGCCCCACAAGUGUUUGAUGAAAUGUCUGACUGAAAAAUUGAGGUUCUUUUUGUUGAAUCCUUGCUUCUCUUUUCUGGAUUUGGGUCUUGGGGUGGAGAAAAUGAGCUAUUCUGGCAUUGGCAUUAGCCCGGGGAAUGUUCCUGUGUAUCACAGCUCGAAUUUGAAGGUUUUUGAUAAAAGGGUGAGGGUGGUUGAGCUGGUCUUGAGGUUUUUGAUAUGUGGCCUUGGAGUUCUUGCUGCUGUACUUGUGGGAACUGAUACUGAAGUUAAAGAUAUCUUUGCUAUUCGAAAGAGGGCAAAAUUUACAGACAUGAAAGCUCUUGUGUUUUUGGUGGUAGCAAAUGCUGUAGCUGCAGCUUACUCUUUGGUCCAAGGACUGCGAUGUGCGGUGAGCAUGGUGAGGGGAAAUGUGCUAUUCAGCAAGCCUUUGGCUUGGAUCAUUUUCUCUGGCGAUCAGAUCAUGGCAUACCUGACAGUGGCAGCAGUGGCAUCGGCAGCCCAGUCAGCGGUGUUCGGGAAGCUGGGACAGCCGGAGUUGCAGUGGAUGAAGACAUGCAAUCUGUACAAGAAGUUCUGCAACCAAGUUGGGGAGGGACUUGCAAGCGCGGUGGUGGUCAGCCUGAGCAUGGUGGCGCUUUCUUGCAUUUCAGCUUUCAGUCUCUUCCGCCUUUACAACGGUGGGAAGAGCAAGAACAGAUCAGGAUGGUAGGUAGGCCGUUAGAGUUCAUGAAUAUAACCUUCAAAUCUCCAUAGCUCGAUCCGGCACUCUGUUUCUGUGAGGAAAUGCUCAGAUUUUCUGUGAUUCUAGUUAAAGAAAUGUAUGUUUAAGUAUUUAAUUCUCUUGAAAACCAUGGUUCAUCCUUCAUAAAUAAACUUUUAACUUCAGGAAUAAAUGCCUGUUCAUCACAAUUUUA